AUGGAGAAUAUCAGAUUUUGUGAGGCUAUUUACACGGAGGAAGAAGUGAAAACAGCAUUAUUCCAAAUGAACCCGUUAAAGGCCCCGGGACCGGAUGGACUGCCGGCUCUCUUCUUUCAGAAGUAUUGGCAUAUUGUUGGGCAUGAGGUUUGUAAACUUGUCUUGGAUAUCCUCAACAACCAGAAGCACCCGGGGAUUAUCAACAAUACCCAUAUUGUUCUUAUCCCGAAGUGUAAAAACCCCGUUAAACCUCAAGAUUUCCGGCCUAUUAGUUUAUGUAAUGUGGUCAUGAAGCUGGUUACUAAGGUUAUAGCUAACGGGUUAAAGGAAAUCCUUCCAGAAAUCAUUGACGAAGAACAGAGUGCGUUUGUAAAGGAUAGGCCGAUCAUGGACAAUGCACUUAUAGCUAUGGAAUGUUUCCAUUGGUUAAAGAAGAAGGUUAAAGGGAAGAAAGGUGUCAUGGCCCUUAAAUUGGACAUGUCAAAGGCGUAUGAUAGACUUGAAGGGAGCUUUAUUGUUGAGGUUUUAGCUACUAUGGGGUUUCCUCCGGCGAUGGUGUCUCUGAUUAAAAGAUGUAUCAAUUCGGUUUCCUACAAAGUCCUCGUGAAUGGUGUUCCUAGCAAGAGCUUCACUCCGGAGAGGGGUCUUCGUCAAGGAGAUCCCCUCUCACCCUAUCUUUUUAUAAUGUGUGCUAAUGUCUUUUCAGGUUUAUUGAAGAAAGCGGCGAUGGAGAAGGAGAUUCAUGGGGUGAAAAUUGCUAGAAACUCUCCAACGAUCACUCAUUUAUUCUUUGCGGACGAUAGCCUGUUGUUUGCGCGUGCUAAUUUGGAAGAAGCAAAGCGGAUCAAGGACAUCCUGAGAAUUUAUGAGGAAGCAUUGGGCCAAGUUGUUAGUUUUGAGAAGUCUGAAGUCUCUUUUAGUAGGAAUGUGGAUGAAAAUGUGAGAGAUUCUAUUUGCAACUGGCUGGGGGUUAAUUCUGUUUCUUCUCAUUCUAGAUACUUGGGGCUUCCUAUUAUGUUUGGCCGGUCGAAGAAAGUCAUCUUUGCUAUGGUGGUAGAGCGGGUGUGGAAAAAGAUCAAAGGGUGGAAGGAGAAGUUCCUUUCUUCUGCUGGUAAAGAAGUCCUUAUCAAGGCCGUUGCUCAAGCGAUUCCUACGUACGUGAUGAGUUGUUACAAGCUCCCGGAUUCUGUUUGCCUUGAGAUUGAGGGCAUGAUUGCUAGGUUCUGGUGGGGGUCGAAACAAGGAGAGAGGAAAAUGCAUUGGCUAGGUUGGGACAAGUUGGCGAAGGCAAAGGCUGAAGGGGGUUUGGGUUUUAGGGGCAUCUGCGAUUUCAACUCCAGCCUCCUUGGCAAACACUAUUGGAGGCUGCUGAAUCAGGAGAAUUCCCUGGUGGGGAAGGUGCUGAAGGGAAGAUAUUUUCCAAAGUGUUCCAUUGACAGCUGUGGCAUAGGCUACAAUCCAAGUUAUGCUUGGCGUAGUAUUAUAGGUGCUAGGGAGGUGGUCCAACGGGGUGCGUGCUGGAGAAUUGGAAACGGGGAGAAGGUGAAUAUCUUAAAGGACAGGUGGAUUCCAAAGAACACAGGUUUCAAAGUUCAACCAGGAGGGAUAAAUGUGGAGGACUCAGCCAGAGUGUGCGACAUCAUUGACAGGGACAACAGGUGUUGGAAGAUUGAGGACAUUCAAAGUAUGUUCAAUUCUGAAGAUGCAAUGAAGAUCACGAGCAUUCCUCUUUCUGUGCAUCCCGAUGAGGACAAUAUGGUCUGGCAGUUUGAGAAGAAUGGUGAGUUCUCUGUUAAGACAGCUUACCAUGCUUCGCGUGCGCACAAAGACUCGCUUCUUCCUGGGCCUUCCUCACCUGCUAACCAAAAGAUUUGGCCCCUCAUAUGGAAGGCUCCUAUCUCUGCCCGUCAGCGGAACUUCUUAUGGCGCGUUGCAAAGAACAUCCUACCUUCGAGAGGUAACCUCCUUAAAAAAGGUAUGUUUAUUGACUCUCAAUGCCCCCUCUGUUCUGCUGGUACCGAAACUGUGCAACACCUUCUGAUGGAGUGUGUGUUUGCCAAACAAGUCCUCUUUGCCUCUGUUUUAAGUUACCGGAUACCUUCGAGUGUGAGCGUUAUCGACUGGUUACAAUCUGUGUUAGAGUGUGGGGAUGCUGACAACAUUCAGAUAAUUUGUGCAUGCCUCUACAAACUUUGGGCUGCUAGGAACUUGACUGUUUUUCAUGGCAAAUCUUGCUGUCCUAUUGCUGUGGCAGCGGAUGCAUUUGAGAGUGUGCAAGAGUUCAACAGGACAUGCCCUGGUAGCAAUAAGAGGAGGUCUAUUCCUAUCCAACAUCACAAUUCUUCGUGGCCCACGGAUGUUCACCUGGUUCAAGUUGAUGCUGGCUUCAAUAGGGAGGGGAAGGCUGUUUUCGGUUGUGUGUUCAAGAACCAUAACAGAGAUGUGAUCCUGGCUGCUAGCAAAGUGGAGAAUGUAGAGGUGGAGUCAAGCUUGGCAGAAAUGCUUGCGCUAAGAUGGUGCAUUAAAAUAGCCUUGAACCUGAAUCUGAAGAAGGCCGUCUUUAAAUCCGAUGCCUUGUCUGUUGUUGAUUGCAUUAAUGGUAUUGACUGUAACGUCUUUCUCGAACCUAUUGCGGCGGACUGUAGGGUGUUCUUAAGUAGGUUUUCUUUUAGUUCUGUUUUGUUUACUCCUAGAGAGGAUAACUAUGAUGCUCAUAAUAUGGUUUUGUUAGGCAAACUGUAUGGCUCCAGGACCUGGCUUGACAGUGUCCCGGCUGCAAAUUCUGUUGUUUCUGGCUUUUCUGGCCCUCAGUUUGAAUGA